AUGCCAACUCUGGGGAAACUCUAUCAGCAGUCGAUGCUGAAGCACCCAUAUGGCUAUGCCCUCUACGAGCCGGAAUCAUCAAAAGUCCUGCAGCCUGGCUAUUGCGGAUACUUCACAGAGCUAGGGCAGUGGACCCCACUACUUGGAAUAGAUCAGAAAAUAAUAAGCCUUGGCGACUCAUUGAGUCUCACUCAAAAUGGCUUAACGAGAUUUGAGCAUUUCCACCCAGCGCCAUCCGAUGAACGAUCCUGGGGCCCAAAAUUGAGCGGGCAUGUGAUCCAAAGAAAGGUUGAUCUGGAAACCAGUGCUUCAGCACUCAUUCCAUCUGGGAUCCCCGUAGACAUUGGGGCCUUGUACCGAUACAGCAACGACGAUGGCUUUGGGGCAAUUCUCAUGACAGAAACUCCGGUGAUCAAAGAUCUGGUUUACGGUACGACGACUUUCCGGCUCUGGUGCAAAGAAAACUCGGAGACAAUUUUGCGGAAAUGGCCAGAUGUCCGAGAAUAUGGUCUUGUCAUUGUUACUUCCACUUAUAGGACCAGGUUGGCGAUGUUGAAUGCCUGGGCACAAAAGGGGAAGGAGAUUUCGGUCGGAUUUCGCGGGGGUGUCGUUGGAAUCGGUGAAAUUGCGCCUUCGUCUACCUGGUACACCUCCCAUGAGGAGGCUGGGUGGGUUUCUACGGAGGCGACCGAGCCUGGUGAAAGCAAGGUGGUGUUUUGCGGGGGUUUGUAUUUCAAAUAUCGCAGGCUGGCGGCUAUAUUGCCUCAGUCACGCGCAUUGAAGCAGGAGCCAGUGGAGAAAGUAAAGUUCCGUGAUGUUGACCCAGAGGAGAAGAACUUCCGGAUCUUUGACCAUGAUAGUUGUGACGACGGUGUGUAUGAGACAUUCGUUACCUCGGAAGAGCUCGGAGAAAUGAUAAAUCUGCCUGCGAAUGAGGAGGGCACUGACGGAGAUGACGACUUUUAA